AACAAAAAUAAAAAGUCAUACGGAGUAAUUAAAUUGUCAACGGACAACAUCAUUUUGAAACGGAGAAGACGGCCGUAGGAGAAGCGAAGCCACAGGAGAAAAGGAGCAACACCAACCAUGAUUAUUCCAGUUCGUUGCUUCACCUGCGGCAAGGUAAUCGGGAACAAAUGGGACACUUACCUUGACCUUCUUCAAGCUGAUUACACCGAAGGGGAUGCCCUCGAUGCAUUGGGGCUAGUCCGCUAUUGUUGCAGGAGGAUGCUUAUGACCCAUGUUGACUUGAUUGAGAAGCUCUUGAACUACAACACUCUUGACAAGUCCGAUACCAGUUAAUCUGGCUUGCAGAGGCAAUGGGAGAAGAAACGAAGCUCUUUUGUUGUAUAGUAUCAAGGUGAGACUCGUUGGGUAAGGAACCUUAGGGUUAGACCGUUAAGAGUGAUGAAGAAUGUAACGGUAUGGCACUCUGACUAUGAACAUUAUCCUGGUUAUGAAACAUUGUGGUCUGUUUUCAUGCUAUCUACUAAAUUCAAAGAAGCUUGUCAUGUACUAUAACUCAUAUUUUGUAAACAUUUAGAUACGUGAAGAACAAAAAGCCUCCAGUAGGCUCCAUGUAGAAGACUUUGGGGAGGUUCUUGAUCGAAGACUUGAUAAAUCUUCAAAAUAUUGUAAAUA